AUGGCGCUCUCCAAGUGCUUCACUUUUAGGUUAGCAAGAACAGGCAAGAAUUUUGCCACUCGGCGAUUCAGUGUUGCGACUUCCAGGCAAAGUUCAGCGUAUAGUGAAAAUAAAUAUAACGAAGAUGAGAGCAGAGAAACACAUUUUGGCUAUCAAACUGUCAAAGAAAGUGAGAAAGCGAAAAAAGUUCAUACUGUAUUCGAAAACGUGGCUGGGUCAUACGACGUGAUGAACGACGCAAUGAGUCUCGGUAUUCAUCGAGUAUGGAAAGAUAUUUUCAUCCAACGCCUGGGACCGACACACGGUACGAAAUUGUUGGACGUAGCCGGUGGUACGGGUGACAUAACUUUUCGAUAUUUAAAUUACUUGAAAAAUACAAGAAACCCACAAAACUUGCAAAGCCAAGUGACUGUAUGCGACAUAAAUGAGGCGAUGUUGGAUGUUGGCAAAGCUAGAGCUGAGAAACAAGGAUGGACUGUUGACAAAGGCUACGACAUCACCUGGCAGCAAGGUGAUGCGGAGAAACUACCUUUUGCCAAUGAUUCUUUUACAGCCUACACUAUUGCCUUCGGGAUUAGAAACGUCACGCAUGUCGAAAAUGUACUUGCGGAAGCUUAUAGAGUUCUCCAGCCAGGGGGACGUUUCUUGUGUCUCGAGUUUAGUCACUUGAACAACGAAGCAUUACAAUGGAUCUAUGACAAGUACUCCUUUCAAAUGAUCCCAGUUAUGGGCAUGUUGAUUGCUGGACAGUGGGAACCUUACCAAUAUCUUGUCGAAAGUAUUAGAAAAUUUCCCAGGCAAGACGAUUUUAAGAACAUGAUCGAGGAUGCUGGAUUUAGACAAGUAAAUUACGAAAAUCUAACUUUUGGUGUUGUCGCUAUACACUCAGGAUUUAAACUAUAAUUUGCUAGUCAUUCUUGAUGAGCAGUAUGAACACAUGUAUCAAUGACUGACGUGUAUAAAGUUAUAUAAUUUAGUGUGUUGUGUGUAAUAAAUAGUAAAAUGUUAUCGCAUCAUUAAAUAAACAGAGAAACGUU